AUGCCCGGCAUGAUGGAGAAAGGGCCUGAGUUCCUGGGGAAGAACCGUACGGCCAACGGCAGCACCAAGAGCCCGGCCGGCAGCGGCGGCGGCGGCGGCGCUUCGUCCACCAACGGCGGGCUCCACUAUUCGGAGCCUGAGAGUGGCUGCAGCAGCGACGACGAGCACGGUGAUGUUGGGAUGAGAGUCGGCGCCGAAUACCAAGCUCGGAUCCCUGAAUUUGAUCCUGGUGCUACAAAGUACACAGAUAAAGACAAUGGGGGAAUGCUCGUCUGGUCUCCAUAUCAUAGCAUUCCAGAUGCCAAAUUGGAUGAAUAUAUUGCAAUUGCAAAAGAGAAACAUGGCUACAAUGUUGAACAGGCACUUGGCAUGUUAUUCUGGCAUAAACAUAACAUUGAGAAGUCUCUUGCUGAUCUCCCUAAUUUCACCCCCUUCCCUGAUGAGUGGACAGUGGAAGAUAAAGUCCUCUUUGAACAAGCCUUUAGUUUUCAUGGCAAGAGUUUUCACAGGAUUCAGCAAAUGCUUCCAGAUAAGACUAUUGCAAGUCUUGUAAAAUAUUACUAUUCCUGGAAAAAAACUCGGUCUCGGACAAGUUUGAUGGAUCGCCAGGCUCGAAAAUUAGCUAACAGACAUAAUCAGGGUGACAGUGACAAUGUCAAGAUAGAUAUGAUUCAUUUCCUCCAGCAGUAUGUCCACUUUGAUGAUGAUGUGGAAGAAGCACACCCGAUGGAUGGGAAUGAUAGUGAUUAUGAUCCAAAAAAAGAAGCCAAAAAAGAGGGUAAUGCUGAACAGCCUGUCCAAACUAGCAAGAUUGGACUGGGUAGGAGAGAGUAUCAGAGUUUACAACACCGUCAUCAUUCUCAGCGUUCUAAGUGCCGUCCACCCAAGGGCAUGUAUCUGACUCAGGAAGAUGUGGUCGCAGUUUCUUGUAGUCCCAAUGCAGCCAACACCAUUCUUAGACAGCUGGAUAUGGAGUUAAUCUCCCUGAAACGUCAGGUUCAAAAUGCUAAGCAAGUAAACAGUGCACUUAAACAGAAAAUGGAAGGGGGAAUUGAAGAAUUCAAGCCUCCUGAGUCAAAUCAGAAAAUUAAUGCCCGUUGGACCACAGAGGAGCAGCUUCUAGCAGUGCAAGGUGUCCGCAAAUAUGGUAAAGAUUUUCAAGCUAUUGCAGAUGUAAUUGGCAACAAGACUGUUGGCCAAGUGAAGAACUUCUUUGUAAACUACAGGCGUCGGUUUAACUUAGAGGAGGUAUUGCAGGAGUGGGAAGCAGAACAAGGAACCCAGGCUUCUAAUGGUGAUGCUUCUACCUUAGGGGAGGAGACAAAAAGUGCUUCUAAUGGGCCCUCAGGAAAGAGCACUGAUGAAGAAGAGGAGGCACAGACGGUUCAGGCUACCCAGUCUCUGGGCCCAUCACCUCCUGCCCCAGCUUCCACUCCAACUCCAGCAGCCCCCAUUGCCACUCUGAACCAGCCUCCACCACUGCUUCGUCCAACACUUCCUGCUGCCCCUGCUCUCCAUCGGCAGCCUCCACCUCUCCAGCAGCAGGCCCGGUUCAUUCAACCUCGGCCAACUCUCAAUCAGCCUCCCCCACCUCUCAUUCGCCCUGCUAAUUCCAUGCCUCCCCGUCUAAACCCAAGACCAGUGUUGUCGACAGUUGGUGGCCAACAGCCUCCAUCACUGAUUGGAAUUCAGACAGACUCACAAUCUUCAAUGCAUUAAAGAAAUGAAGUUGGACAGAGCUGCAAUAACUUUCUAAUCCCACCAGUUUGCCAAUGUUCGUCUCACUGUUGAAGAAGAGGAAGGGGCAAACCUUUCUAGAUAUUCAAGCUGAAAGUUUCAAAGUGAGGCUGCAAGUCAAUACUUGUUGCAGUGACAACAUAAGUGGACAUCUACAACAUUUUUCAGUGCAUCAGACUAAAAUAUUAUACAACAUAAAGCCUCCAAUUAGCCCUGUUUUCUAUGAAUAUUUGUUCAAGGAAGUUUCCCACAAAAGGAAAAAAAAAGAUUGUGUUCUGUGCACCGAGGUUGUUUGAUUUUUACUGUAUUUAUUUUACUGAAGUUCUUUAUAUUCCAACCUCUUUAUAUUCAAAGUUCAUAGUACAAGAAUAUGUCUAUUUAGGAAUUGUGAAAAAAACUCCAUAGACUUUGAAAUUAAUGUGGAGUUUGGCUUUUUUUGUUUGCUUUCAAUUUAAUUUAAAAAAAAAUAUUUUCCUAUGUUAGGAGUGAAAGACUAAAUAGCCUGCAUUUCAGUUUCUGGCAAAUGUUCUAUGAGAGAUAGUACAAUUCAAUGCACCUUUAAGAAAAAUGCAGCAGCUUAACCUUUUGCUCCAAAAGACAUUGCAUUCUUUCUAAAGGAAAUUUAAGAGAUGUGUGUGUGUGUGUGUGUAUACACAUAUGUGUGUGUGUAUAUAUAUAUGUACAUAUAUAUAUAUACAUAUAUAUAUAUGCACAUUCCUUCGAAAGAAAGCAAUUUAAUCAAUUGCAAAGCAAUUACGUGAAGCCACAAAGAAUGUACUGAAUUUAUCCCUGUUUAGUGAUGUUGGGUCUUAAUGCAAAGUUGAAAUCCUCAUUUUAAAAGUUAUUGACCCACCAUCCACAGUAAAAGAGCUUACUACCAGUAUUGGAGUGAUUCCUUUUACUUUUCAUUUAAGAAUGAGGAUAUAAUCUAUUAUAGUAUCUUUGUUUUAACUCCUUUCAAAAUUGAACUUUUUUUCUAGAUUGUUAAAUGCUACAUGCUUUACUAGUUGCAUGUAACAACUACUAUUUGGAAGCUAUAGGAAAGAGUGUUAUUUUAUCAAUUAUGUGAAGGUGGUGGCUAUAAAAAGUUCUAUUUUUUGGAUUUGGGUUUUCUGAACUAAAAAUUGCCCCCCUCUCAUUUCAUAUGUUUUAUCUUUAAUGUCUUUUUUGUUUGUUUGUUUGUUUUUAUAUGAGUCUCCAAUGUGCUAUUUGGAUGCAUUUGUGAGUGUUCUUGCAACUCAUGAGUUUUGUCUAGGGCUUAACUAUCAGAAUCAUUUGUUUAAAAAUUAAGAAUUUGAUCUCUGCUAUUUAAAGAUAUAUCAAGUAUGUGUUCAUCAAUUGUGCUAUUAUUAACUAAAAUGGAAGUGCCGAGAGCCCUCUCAUUAAGGCACCACUAACAGUUACCUUCUCUGUUCACUAUGUAAUGAUCGAGCUCCUGCUUAGUGCUCUGUAGCACUGUGACUAGAGAGAAUGUUUGAGGAAUCACAGUUUUGAAAGAAAUUUUUAAUUCAUUAUUAGAAUCAUGAUAUGAAAAGGGAUGGGCUUAUACUAUUAUAGUGGAAUUUAAGGUUAAAUUUCUAAUUUUUAGCCUUAAGUGCAUUUUUGUAGCAAAAGCUGAUUCAAAAACAAUUUCUGAUAACCCAUAUGUUAUAGAAAGCUGAUUUUUCCUGAUUGGUUUUGAUACUAAAAUGGUACUACUGCCUUCAAAGUAUACUUAGAAGUGGUUUUCCCAAAUAUUGGAACUUUUUCAAGUAGUGCCAGUUUUGGAUUACUAGAACAAUUAAAGUAACUCUUGAUCAUCUAACAGAACCAGAUGAAACCUAACUGGUCUCCAAAUUCUUAAUUUUCAAAAAUUCACUUAGGGCAUUUUUGAACUUAAAAUAACUAUUGGAGAUAAUUACAAUGUCUUAAGGGAAGGUAUCUAAAGUAUUUUUGAGUAUUUAGAUUGACUCACAAAUGUGCACACUAUACCUUUGCAACCUUUUUUGUCUUGUCUCUUGUCAAAUAGAACUUCAAUAUACAGUAUGUGGGGUGUGUCAGUAAAGUUGGUCAACACCAGCAUCUAUCGAGCUUUUUUAGUACUUUGUGAUUCAGUUAAAACCUGUUCUUUCCCAGGCUUGGGCAAAGGUGCUGUAUCUGAGGAAUGUGCUAUAAUUUGAUUUACAUACAUUAGAGCACAUAGUAGGGAAAUCUUAGCUUCAGUAGUAACAUGGCAAAUGUAUAUAGUGAAAUGUCUUUUUAUUGUGUGCUUUGCAUAUUAUGUAAAUACUUUGCACGUCUUCCCCACUCCCAUCUUUUUUUUUCUUUUUCCUUGGUUUUUGUUUUUGUUUUUGUUUUUUUUGUUUGUUUGUUUUUGUUUAAGCAGUGUUUGGCCUAAAAGAGUGAUAUGCUUGCUGCUUAAUCAAAGGAUUAAAAUUUUAAAGAAGUCUGUGUCUUCUAUUUUUAUAUAAUUUUAACACCAUGUGAACACAUUAGGACCUUUUUACUGUGAACCUUUAUAUUAAGGAAAGACUUAGAAAUAUCUUUUAAUUACCAUUUUUGUUCAUUUCAGAGUAAAACAGUUUGAAAGCUAAAUAGCUUUGGUAAUUUCUAAGAAAUCACCAAAGUAUUUUUCUGCUUAUUUUUAAAUAAACGACAUGUUGCCACCUA